UCAUCUGCGUCAAUCCAGUGGACAAACUGUGAAACCGUCAGCCCGUGGAUACCCUCUGCACCACAAUGUCUUCCUGUGGAAAGUCGCCACAAGCGUCUUGUGACCUGGAUGUCAUAGAAUCCAUGAAGGAGUACUACGGCAAAGAGGUCAAAACCAAAGACUCCUGCGCCACGGGGGUCAAUGCGCUGACCUUCUCGCCUGAGGUUCGCAAGAUCGUGCGCGAGGCCUUCGCUGACGUACACGAUGAGGUCACGGUCAGAUACUAUGGCUGCGGGCCCUGCGCUAUACCGAAAUAG